CUUACAUCAGGUGGCUUUGUCUACCGACUCUUGUCAAACGCGUGUCGUCGGCAUCUUAGACUCAGAAAAGAGCAGGAUUCGUGUCUACCAACAGAAUUCGAGAAUGACAUUCAAAAAUGCUUAAGAUGACAGGGAAAAAUGGAGAGCAAAACUUUCGGCUCGAGAGACGUUUCUCGCGUUUCGGUGUUGCGUGAUAUUACUUUCGCGGAAAAAAUCUUUGUUGAAGGACGUAAAGGAGGAUACUUUUAGUGACGAGAAGGAGAAUGCCUUUGGUGAAAAUUAGUUCUUCGAGUACAGAUUUAGGACUUGAAAAACCGUGGUCGUUCGAUCAAAUCGACUUCUCAUGCAAGACACAACGAAGCAUGUAGAAGUAGUACUUAAGUAGAGCGGAUGUUUUCAUCCACACGACAUUUUGUCGGCGCGCUCUUUCUCUUGUAUUUCGUUCCACCACGAAGUCUCCUGGCAUGCAACUUUCGCGUAUCAGCGUAGCUUGCAGAAUUAGAAGCAAAAGGAUAACUAUUGGUGGCUCAUCCGGAAUUCUAUACUAUUUUGGUAAGUACUAGGCAAUUUCUUGCAAGAUGAACGUCAACGCGAAUAGUGUUUUUGGCAGGAACGUGUCCAACGACGUGUGGGCACACAGAGGGGCCGUCAAGGCAACGCACGUUGCCUGGCUCGAUGUCGAUAAACCAGUUUUUACAGGAGGUCACGAAAGAAGCUCCGAGCACUUCGGCGUUGUCAGAGAAUCCUAGCACGACCAAUGUGACAAAGCCACCAGAGAUAUCGACACAGGGUCGAGACAAGCGGCCGGAGACUCCGAGCACUGCGGCAGGGUCGCAAAGAAGUGGUACGCAACAAAAACCUUGUGUGAUUUUUCCUCAGCCCUAUCGCGUUCUGCCUUCUAUUGUCGUCACGAAACCAAACGAUCGACCAUACCUUCACAAGCAAGACGGGAAUAAUUUUUGGUGUCGAGAAUUUUUGGUACGUGUAGCGACGUGAUGUUGCAACAUUUUCCCGCAUCUUCAGAAGCAUCUUUCCCGAAUUCCUGGCGACCGCCGCUUCUGCCAAGCGUAGAACCAAAUGGCACUCGAGCCAUGACUUCGGCAGCUUCAAAAAUGGCCCUGAAUGCGGCUCAGAGUUUAUGAUCCAACAAUUUCGAUAUUUGUAAAAAGAUUGAGACCUAGUCAUAAUCUCCAAAUAUAAGUAAUUGAAGUGCUUCAGAGGAUGUAAAAAAAGACGAGACGGGCUGUAUCACAAAUACUUGAGGAUGAAUCCCGAAAAAGGCUUCGUCGAACGUCUCUUCGAUAUUCGACGUAGGGAAUGCGUUUUGAAUUUUUUGUCACCCCUCCUGAAUGGUUUCUGUAUUUGUUUCGCGUUCAUUUGGGCCCAUUGGCAGAAGCCGUGACACCGGCGCCCGACAGCCGCAGCAGUCUUGUCCGGCGGGUCCUCGUCGUGGCUUCUGAAACAGCGGUUGACAAUGCAUUUAGGCCUAUAGAGCAUCGCCUACACUCUUCAAAUUUGCAGUCGGAAAAAGCACUAAAGCUAACUGCUGACUUAGACAAAAACCGUGUGUAGGCAUUACAGGAAAACUCCACUUUCCGAUUUCGAUCUUUGAAUACAGCAGAAACGAAUCUCUUCUGCGUAGUGCAUUCUGGUUGUUUUGAUUUCUUCAUUGAGUUCAAAAAGGAUAUCUUCAUAUGAGUUACAUUCUUCAUUCUUCGCUGUACGGGUUAAUACGUCCAAGAGACUGGCUGCCUUCUUCCCAUUGAUAAAGGGUUCCUUCCUCCAAGGCGCAGAGGGUGACGGCCCCCUCACUGGUACUGGCGCUACGACAACUCCCGAAAAACCUCUUGGUGUGAACACGAGUGCCAUCUUGGGUGGCACCUCGAAUGUGCUCGUUGUGCUUGACCUCCAUCUCUGUCGCCGCCAAUUGCGAUCCUGGUGCUGUCCAAAGCGUGCUCUUCCGCUCUUGCCGCCUACGUCCGAUGACAAGGCACAGAGCUAGGGCUCUCUCUCAGCUAUGGAAAGUGUCUAGGUAUUUGUCGUUAUAUACUGAAUUGCUUAAUCGAUAUAUCUAGAUUGAUAUUGUGAACACAGUUGGAGCUCUCAUUUAUUAACUUCUCACACAUGAAAAGACAGUUGCGUCAUGUAGUCCUCUUUGGAAGAAUACAAUCAUCAAGAUGGUAAAAACAUGACAAACCAACUCCCAGGUAUCUUACACCUCGUGCACGAUGAAAAUGUGACAAUGUCCACCUCUGAUGCAUGUGUCGAAGAGGCCCGCUCGGUUGCACCAGAUAUGUCGUGUUUCCUGCUAGUGGAGUCAACUCCUACACCUACUGCUACCCCUCCUGGAGAGAGAUGGAGAAGUAUUGAUGUUUGAACAGCGCAGUGGGCUUGUUCGGAUUUAUUGACAUAGCCGAAUGAAUGACAUCCUUAAGGAAUGAUCAAGAUCUGCAUUACAGGAAAGUUAUCUUGUACUGUAGGAAAUUCAGAAAGAAGGAACAAUUUUCUUACGGCCUCACGUAAGCUCUUUUCUUACGGCCUCACGCAGGCUCUCUGGAGAUUGUGUCUUUUAGCUCAUCCGUGGGCUGCUUUCAAGUCAAAAAAGGGACACAGAUGAGGGAAAAGAUGGAUUCUAUAAAGAGAAGGAACAAUUUUCAAAGAAAAUAGAAAUUUGCAUGUUUACGCUAUUUUACCUACCUCUACACCUUUAUUGAGUUGGAACAUAAGCUUCAUAAACACAAAUCCCACUUCGUCGUCGCACCAUCAUAAAAUUAUGGAUUUAUCCUCGUCAACAUACUGCAUAGACUUAGCCAUGUACAGUACAGAACCCGCACGCUUCUCCCCCUCGAACCAAGGUGUCAAUGAUCGCAUAAAAACGUAGAUUUAUAACGCAUAAAAGAAGUUUGGCUUUCCACGCAUAAAAGUCCCUGAUGAGACGCAGGAGAAUAAAAGCUCCUGGCCGUCGAUAAAACGGACUCUGGGAUUGCAAGACUACCAAGGUGACACAGAGUACUUCUAGAUCACAGCACCAUGGAACAACUGCAAUCGAAAUGACACAGACUAACAGCACACUGCAUCGAACAUGUACUGACAUGCAUAUAGG